CUCGAUGCCAAACAUGAACAAGAACUGAAAGAUUUCAAAGCACAACAGAAUGAUACUCCAGACAAUGUAGCUGAAAGGGUGUCUACCAUAUCACUAGAUAAUACCAAUGAUGCUACAUCCAAUGAAACCAAAGCCAAGAAACCAAGCAAGGCACAGAAGAGAAGAGAGAAAAAAGAAGCAGAAAAUAAAGCACGAGAGGCAAACAUAGCAGAACAAGAAGUAGCUAAUCUCUCUGGGGCUAGACACAUUGAAGCUCAGAAAAUAAAGGAAAUCCUAGGCAGGAGAGGUUUAACAGUAUUUUCAGUGCCAUCAGAUGGUAAUUGUCUGUACACAGCACUAGUGGAUCAACUUUCCAGGCAAGGCAUAGAGGCGGACAUGUCUGAUAUGCGUAAGAAAACAGCUGCCUAUAUCAGAGCUAACAAGGAUGACAUCAUGCCGUUCCUAUGUGACCACAACACUGGGGAACCAUACGAUGAUGAAGCAUUUGAGAAGUAUUGUUCUGACACUGAGAAUACUCCAGCGUGGGGAGGUCAACUGGAGAUAAAAGCACUAUCUAAUGUCUUAGACCACCCAAUUGAAAUAGUUCAGGCAGACUCACCACCUCUUGUAAUAGGAGAGGACACCAAAAAUACACCACUUAUUCUUUCGUAUCACAGGCACAUUUAUAGUUUAGGAGAACAUUACAACUCUGUCAUAGAAAAGCCAGAGGAGGAUGAAGAGGACACCUGA